AUGGCCCACGACCGGAGCUUACAGCGCUGGCUCGACAAAGCUCUCAUUCCAUUCGGUGUGCAGUGGGAGAUCUAUCGCGGCAUCACUAUGGGUCUAUGGGACGCUGAUGACGUAUCUCCUUCGCGCAUCAAUCUUCUUCGUGGAAGCAACACAGAGAAAGGACCUCAAGUUUUCUCAGUCAUGCUGGAGGGUCGUAAGGAUGUUGGCCGCUAUCUACACAAGACCGCUGAACAGCAACGCGUCGAACUGGAGAUAUUCGAAGAAUGCGAUCGGGAGCAGAAGGCUCGUUUUCUUGGGACCGGCGCUGGCAUGGGGUGCGCUGGCAGUUUCGAGGAAGUACCGGACUACUACGGCGGCAGGAUUCAGCAUACUGUGCAAAUCAGCGUCGACGGCGGGAAGCUGAAGUACCUGCUGCUGCCACUCGAGAUGAAACGCUCGAAUCAACUCUCACGAUUUCUUGGCUCUCGCAGCGUUGUCGAGUUUCGCAUUUCCCGGCGAGAUCGCAACGACAUCAACCUUUCCCUGCUCGAACGGCGCUUCGUGCUCUUCGGCUAUGUAUAUGUACCUUGGAACGCGAAGGACGGCAGGGCGAUCACUAUCGAAACGAACGAGAACUAUGAGCGAACACCUAUAAGCGCACUUGGCGACGAUUGCCGCCGCUCUUAUCGCGAGACGCUCAGCAUACUCAACCCGCCCUCGUUGAACCAUCGACAGGUCAUUACGAAGUACACGGCGCGCCAAGACCUUGCGUCGUCGACUUCUGUACCCAUAUUAGUCUUCGAACCGAGAUACGUCGAAUUCAUCGAAGACAUAUGGAUCUUCGGUGUCGACCCAAAGACGGCACCGGCCGAAGCUUGCCUGACCGAUGGGUGCAAUUUCGUCAGUUAUUCAGUCGCAGUCGCCGUACAACGUCGCAUGGGACUGGAAGACGUACCCAUGAGCUUUCAAGGCCGUGCAUGGGGCUCUAAGGGCCUCUACGUCGUCCGGUUCGGCGAUAAGGAUCCCAAGGGGCCUUACAGGCUCUGGAUACGUGAUUCCGCUUUGAAGAUCAAACUCGACAACGAACGUUGCCCUCAUUCUCAUCGAAUUCUCAACUUCGUCGCCCCACCGCGUGUCUCUCAGCCUGCACGCACCAAUCAGCAGACCAUCCUCAAUUGGGAUUUCAAUGGUGUGCCACCUACGGUUUUGGAGAAGCUCAUGGAGGAUGCUGUGGCAGACGACACUGUGCCUCUUAUGCGAUGGGCUGGCCUUCACUGGCGUGAGCUACUAUACGAGGCUAUCACGAAAGCGGGAAGACUGGCGAGUGCGGCGCUGAGCCGCUUGAGUGGUGGUUUAGGCCGUGCUAUGGGCGUCACCAGCAGGUUCAUGGCCGAACCUCAGGACGUCGAUUGGGAGAUUCCCGACGAUGAGUUCAACAGUCUCGAAGAGGAGCUCGCAGACUCGGUACCGGUCCUGGCACGUGAUAGCGGCCCUCCAGACUCGGUCUACGAGAGGACGCGCGAUCUUAUCAAGGCUGGGUUUCACCCUGCUAAGUGUCCGUAUACCGCCGAUGCGAUGGAGACGACGGUGAAGGCCACGAUCAGCCGUUCAUUGGACGGAUAUCAUUUCACCGUCAAACAUUCGUUCGAGGCUUUUAUCGCUCCAGCCCCGCCCGGGACGCUCAAGCCCGGUGAAAUCUUCUUCAAACUCAGUAAUCCGAUAGAGCAUCCAGUCACGGGCUUGAAGGUGAAUCAAGUCCUUGGUGAGGUGCUUAUUCACCGCAACCCUACCCGCAACGCGUCAGAUAUCCAGAAGGUCACUGCCGUCGACUGUCCGGCGCUGGCUGACUAUCCGAAUGCAAUCUACAUGUCCGUCGACCGAACUUGUGAACGGUCGGGUGCUAGCUAUCUGGGAGGAGGCGAUUACGACGGCGACACCGCCAUGGUCACCUACGACCCCGACAUCGUCAAGCACUUCAAGAAUCACGUAUUCGUUUCUAAACCUCCUGAGGUCGACGUCAGGUUCGAGAAACACGCUGAGCGCGUGGGAGACUUCUUCAGUCGCUUGGGCCGGUUACCUCCAGCGGAACGUCACCGCGAGUACGUCCGUGUCGCCCUCGGCGGCUUGCAGGACCGCAAGGUCGGCAUGUACUCCCAGAUGCACGACGUUUCGGUCUACCGAUACGGGUAUAACCACGAAAUCACGGUCAUGCUGGCUUUCAUCUUCUGCACCUGUCUCGACUCGCAAAAGAUGGGCCUUCGUCUGCGCGAUGCACCUUUCAAACAAGACCUCAAGAUGUUCCACAAGGAUCUUCCCCUCUCGAUGCGAGCCAAACGCUCAGAAGGCGACGACCAGCCGGUUGGAUCAAAAGGCUACAGCACAGCCAAGCGCGAUGCGAAGCUUCCCCCCUUCGUGCUCGACCGCCUUCGCAACUACGGAGAGCUCAUCUACGACAAGUACUGCGCACAGUUCUCGGAGCUUAAGAGCGAGCUGUCGAACGACGAUUUGGCGCUGAAGCGACCGUACAUCGCCAUGCGCGAGACUGUGGAAGCGCUGAAGAAUGACGGCGCCAUAAAGCUCGAUCUGGCCUUCGGGAGCGCCAAAUCCCACGUCACCACGCUGGACGAAGAGUGGAAGGCGAUCUGGAAGCGCCCUAACUUCAAGAUGUCCGACAAGCGGAAGCGCACGGCGGAGAACCGGCAGAUCGCGCGCCGGUUCGCCAACUUCGCCGUUGAACCCCUAUACUCGAACAUCCUUUCCAGUCGGGUUCUGGCGUCUUGGGCCUACUACUUUGAUUGCGACACCAGGAAGACUCGUAAGGCGAUACCUCAGUUCGCGUGGUCGAUUGCGUUCAGGCAGCUCUGCGAGAUUAAGGCGGAGAGCUUGGGCGGGAGCGGCGGUGUCGUGCCCGAGAUCGCGGACUUGUUGACGUUGCCACGGUCUGCGGUAACGCUUAUGCAGUCGCGCGCCGCCGAGGGCGCGGGCGCGUCGUGA